ACCCCAGUCGUAAGCGUCCAACGCACAAUCAAGCUCACUCGCCGUCCCUAUUUGCUUUCGCGGGCAGAGAUACCCUUCUGAACUUUUUUUCACAGUUCCUCACGCCUUCGUAGAGGAAUCGUUUUGGUAUGUUGCGGAGGAAACAACGGGAGCUUUUCAGCGUGAUAGUUGCUGGGGAUUCCCAGCCCCUGCGGACCAGGAUCGCUAUCCUGGUAAGCCAAGUAUGUUGGUAUUGGCACCUGGGGCACUGUUUCAAUAUCACCCUCCACAGCCUCACGACUGCGGCGAGCGGAGUAUCAUCGUUUAAGGUCCGCAUACCCACUCCAACCCACUCCAACGAUCUUAUCUCGAACACUCUCAACAGACCUACCUCUCUCCAACCAUCCACUAUCUCGCUAAAUCCUAGCUCAAUACCAGCGUCAUGUCCGAACCCACAAAAUAACACCCUCUACCCAACGACGACGACGACACCGCCUCUCCCGCUCCCCCUCCCUACCACAGCGCCGACUCGUCGGCACCCCCCGCCGCCAUCGAGGCAAUCGACGAGCCAACCCGGCAGCGCGAGUGGCAGCAGUUCAUGGCGUUCCGCGCCUAGCAGCAAGCGAACCCAACCGCAACGGUUCACCCGGUUCUGACCGAGGAGGAAAAGGCGGCGGAUGGGGCGCCCACGUGGUGGAUUUUUGGGGCGUGGUUGGCGUUUUGCCUGCUGUGGGCUGCGGCGGGGACUGGGUACGCGAUUUACGAUACGUAUUACAAGGGGCCGAAGUGAGGGUGAUAGGGUGUAUAGGUGUGUGGUGGGAUGGGUUGUUAUGAUUGAGAGGGGGGAAUGGGGAGAGAUAGGGGUUUUGGGUAGGGGAGUCGGUGGAGUUGAGGGGUGAUAGGUUUUGUGUUUAUGGGCCGGAUUGUUUCACUGCAUAUCAAAUGGUGAAUGAGACGAA